AUGCGCGCCGCUCUCAUCCUCCUCGCCUUCGCCGCCGUGUUCGUCGUCGCCAGCCCCAGCGCGGACAAGAAGAAGUCCAAGAAAACUGGCAAGACUCCCGCUGCCGCUGCCGCUGCCGACGUGCCCGCUGCGGACCCGGCUCCUACUUACACUGAUGCUGAGGAUGAUGACGAUGGAGUCGGCGACCAAGCACGCAUGAGCAUCCCACCGCACGAAAGGCCGCCGAUCAACGUUCCGAACCCCGCGCAUGUUUGGCUCCUCCAAGCCCAAGCCCGGACGAAUGCCGCAGUCCUAGAGCACAGAAACGCGGAUGAGAAGACUCGGGGACUAAAAACUGGCGGCGGCGGCGGGACCCACCGCCUCAGCAACAUUGCCCUGUGGCAGAAGCAGAAGCAGAAGGGAAGCGACGAGAUAGUCAGGUCGCCGGGUCUAGGAGCGGCGUAG